AACUGUGUCGUUUGCUCUGGAUGUUUGUUCUCCUCUGAUCCUCCUUCUAUCUGCACACGCUCAGAUCUUGAUGAGCAAAACCACGAGUUGAUACCCAGCGUCAUGUGACCACUGACUGACUGUGAUGUUAGGUUAAGUUCAGCUGGAUAAACAGAUCCUGGAUAUGUUGAAGGUGCUUCACAGAACAGGCCCCGGGUCUCUGUGUCUUACCGGGUAUGCAGGUGUCGGCUGCUGGAUGGUCGGAGGUAAAGUGUCUCCUCUAUUGAUGCCGACAGCGUCCACGCUGAAGCUCAUCAUCCUCCGACCACGACCACGACCCGCCAUCACAGCUGCUCCUCAGACCUGAUCAGCAGGGUGUGAGUCCUGACCGCACACAAACAACAAGUUCAAUGUGAUCUUCAUUCAACACAUAUGACCCGUGUGGUGUGUGAGUCCUGUUGGUUCCACACUGUGGAUCAUGUGUAUAGAACCUGUCAUUUGACAGAAGCGUCUGACUCUGAUCAGAUCGUCAGCGCCACCUAACGGACUGGAACAUGAACGACUUCUCUCAUGAAAAUGUCGACUUUAUGAGUGACCCCGCCCCCGAUCCUUGUGAACCAUCUGGCUCCACCCCUCCUGGAGACCACGCCCGCUAGCAAGUCACUGAGGGUCACUUUGAUCAGAGUGAGGAGGACGAGGAGAGGAAGAGGACGAGGAGAGGAAGAGGACGAGGAGAGGAAGAGGAAGAGGAAGAGGAGAACAGAAGAUUUGUGAUGAACCUCUGGAUGUUUCUGAUGAUUUGGAUUUAACUCACAGAAUCAUGAAGAUGCAGCGGAGCCAAACGAUGAUGAUGAUGAUGAUGAUGAUCUGCUGCUCAGACCAGCUGGGGCGAGAACAAGAUGGAGGAAGGGGGGGUUGGACAAUGUCGCCUGAGGGAGGAGGAGGUUAGUGUGUGUGGGGGGGGGACUCGACCCUUUCACCGAAGUCUAUUUUAAAUGUUUUUGAUUUGAUAUAAAAUCUGUGGCUUCUGGUUUUCUUCAUCACCACAUCACAUUUCCCAUGAGCCUUUGAAGGACCAUUCACAUGAGACCGAUAAAGAAACACGUGUUCGAUACUGUGACACAUCAUCUUCAUCAUCAUUCUCAUCUUCAUCAUUUCACUCAGUGUGGGCGGAGCAUCAGAGCUGGCCUUCCUAAAAGAACCCAAUGAUAUCAUUGCGGUGCGGGACCGCCCCCUGAUGCUUGACUGUCGGGUGGAGGGGGAGGGGCCCAUCUCCAUCACCUGGAGGAGGAACGGUGUUCCCUUGGCAGCCGGCUUCAAGGCCACGGUGCUCGGCAACGGCACGCUGCUCAUCAGGAGCGUCUCCAAGAGACGAGACGGGGACGAGACGGACGCGGGACAGUACGACUGCGCCGCACAGAACCGCCACGGCAGGUUGAUCAGCCGCAAGGCCCGAGUCCAGCUCGCAUUCCUCCCUAAGUUCCUGUCUCACCCAGAGUCCGUUGCUGUGGAUGAAGGGGGCGUGUCCAGACUCACCUGUCAGGUACAUGGAAUCCCAGAGGCCAACAUCACCUGGCAGAGAGAUCGACGCCCACUGAGUACAGAGGACCCCCGGUACACUCUGCUUCCUAACGGCGUCCUGCAGAUCACCAGCGUUCAGCAAAAAGACCGCGGCUUGUUUCGCUGUGUCGCCUCAAACAUCGCCAACACUCGAUACAGCCACGAGGCACAGCUGUCUGUUACUGUUGCAGGAUCCAGAAUCUACCAGGAGCCUGUCAUCCUGUCUGGACCUCAGAACCUCACCAUCAACAUCCACCAGACGGCCAUCUUGGAGUGUAUCGCCACAGGGAACCCCCGCCCCAUUGUGUCCUGGAGUCGCCUCGAUGGUCGCUCCAUGGGUGUGGAGGGGAUCCAGGUUCUGGGAACAGGGAACUUGAUGAUCUCGGACGCGACUGUGCAGCACUCAGGAGUUUAUGUCUGUUCAGCGAACCGACCGGGAAGUCGCUCGAGAAGGACGGCGCUCGGACGACUGGUGGUUCAAGCUCCUCCAGAGUUUGUGCAAUGGCCUCAGUCUGUCUCCAGACCAGCAGGGGGCAGCGCUGUCUUCAGCUGUACAGCGUCUGGCGUCCCUGAACCACACCUCAUUUGGCUGAAGAACGGCAAACUGCUGACACCCAGCGGCAGCGUCAAACUGACCAAUGGAAACACGACACUUGCCAUCACUUACAUCACGUCCGAGGACGAGGCCAUCUAUCAGUGCAUCGCUGAAAACAGCGCCGGGACAAACCAGGCCAGUGCUCGUCUCGCCAUCAGCCAGGGGCCCGAUGUCCCUGAGGCCCCCACCGGGCUCCGGGCGACGGCCCUGAGCUCGAGCAGCCUGCAGCUGACCUGGGAUCAGCCGGUGGAACACGUCAGUCACGUGAUCAUCGGAUACGUUCUGCACAUGCGACGACUCGGAGAGCCGGACAGUGCAGAGCUGCAGGAGGCCGUCAGUCAAAGCUCCUUCACUCACCACUUCAACAACCUGGAGGAGGCCACGACCUACGACCUCUACCUGAAGGCCUACUCUGCUCAGGGAGGGAGUCAGAGGUCCAACAGCAUCACAGCCACCACGCUGGGAGGAGUUCCCACUUCUCCCCGUUUCUUCACGAAGGUUCUGAACCAGACAGCGAUGCAGGUGUACUGGGACCAGCCGGUGCCUGGCAAGCUGGAGGGCUUCAGACUGGAGUACCGCAGGGUUUCUAACCCCAACGUCCAGGGACAGGAAACCUUCCCCGCCCACAUCAACACACACACGGUGUCCCACCUGGAACCUGCAGCAGUGUAUGAUAUCCAGCUGGUGGCGUUUAAUGGCAAUGGCGACAGUCCAGUCAACCGGCGCCUCGUGUCUCUGGACGAGGGUGGAAACACAGCAGCAGCUGGUCCGACCUGUAACUGUGAUCAGUCCGAUGGAUCUGUCUCCACUCUGCUGGUCGGGGUCCACAGUGGCCUCGCCUGCGUCCUCUGCUGCAUCAUCUUCAUCCUGCUGGGAUACAGACGCAGUUUGUUCUGUAGGAAGGCAGCGAGCUGGGAUGCUCCGCCCACCCUGAAUGAUGUCAGAGAUCCUAAAGGUCACAUACCUGAAAACAUCGAGCUCAGCCAGAGAUGUGACUCCGCCCCUCCUCCAGUGAUGGUCAUGGUUGAACCGACAUCCCCCUUUCAGCCAAUCCUAGGCACUAGAUAACCCCCCCCCCCCCCAGCCUGGGGUCGGCUCCUCUGCUUCUGACAGCCUUACAACCCCCGACCCAUUAUAAUGACACACAGAGAUUGAUGAAGAUGAAGAUUGUGAUGAAGAUGAAGAAGAUGUCACAGGGAUGAAAACUUAGAUGUUCAAAUCUUUUCUGACAGAGCUUAUGUGAAUGUUCCCGUGUGACAUCACUGAUGUUUGCAGUUGAAACCAAAACCUUUUUUCUUAAGUUCAUUUUAAUUGAGUCACCGUCAGUGCCGAGUGUCCUGAGCCCAUGAGGCCUCCAGCCGGUCUGACCAGAGACGGGUCGUCAGCAGGGGGCGCCGCCGCGGGGCGUCCUCCUUCUGAGGCCCAAAGCCAAAGUGAAAUAUUAUGACUCUGGUCAGCAGGCGUCUGAGGAGGACGUCAACUGUCCUUUGCUUUAGCUCGUUAGUGUUUCUCACCUCAGGUCAGAACGCAGAGGAGGCCGUCGGUCUGCUGCCCCCCCGCUUCUCCACCACACUACCUCCAAAGAGAGUGACCUCAGCCUGGAGACGCCCCGAGUCUCCUGCUGCUGCUCACCUCCGUGAAACCAAAAGGCCACUUUGUCAUUGAACCCGACGUGACCCCGACGUGACCCCGACGUGACCCCGACGUGACCCCGACGUGACCCCGACUCCCUUAGAGUCUGAAUGUUGCUUGUCUUACCCCGCCCAUCGCCACUUCCUGUUGGACUGAAGCCACUUCCUGUCCCCUGCCUGCAGGUGUGUGCAGCCUCGUCAGCUUUGUUAAACCUGACCUUUGACCUCUUUACAAACUCUUCUAUCGAAGAACACGUCGCAGCUUCUGAAGAGUUUUAGUCAAAUUAAAAAAUUGUAAUUUCAAUAUUAGGCGAGCUGAUUGAUUCCCAAAGAUAAAACGUUUUUAAUGUUCAAACUGUUUUUUCAGAGUCGAAGAACAAACUGAACAAAUAUAUAUUUCAGUGAAUUUUCAGUAUUUUUUAUAAUGUGCUUCGUGUGUCAGGAUCCGUUUACAAACGGUCAAAACCAAAAGAGUGAAAGAAACGCCUCGACCGAACGAUCUAUAAUUAUUGAUUAUGAGAACCAGAGUCUGUGAGUUCUGGUUAUGGUCGAAUGUCUCUACAGCGUCUGUCUCUGUUGCUGACAGUGACCCGGGACGUCUCGACCCUGGGACCCGACGAGGAGACUUUCAGAUCUGUAGAAACAUGUUGACGUCUCAGGGUCAAAGGUCGAGAGUCACUGUCAGAGUCAAACAACAGAAAAUGUUUUAUAAAAGUAUUUCUUUUUCCAGAACUUUAUUCUUUCAGUUCAGAUAUUUCUGUGAAGAGGAAAUUCUACCAAAAUGACAACAAGAAUUUUGGAUGAUUAACACUGAAAAUAUUAUAAUUAUUACAUGUUUUCCCUGUUUUCAAUAUUAACUUUUUCUUGUAGUUGAAUGAAAGUGUGACAUUUUUUCUAGAAUUUGAUAAAAGUAGUUUUCAGCUGAAGGUCGAGCAGCUGUUCAACGAUACGUUUGUUCUCACGAUGUUAUGAAGUAGUUCUCACAAUGAGGUCAUCAUCACUGUUUGGUGACUGAAGCUAGAACCAAUGAGAAAAGUGAUGCUUUAAUUUAUUCUUUUCUCAAAACCAUUUUAUUUUUAAUAUGUCAAAAAAAACUAAACAUCCCAAAGCUUUAAUGUGAUUUUAAACAGAUUUACACCAAAUAGAUUUACUAACAUUUACAAAUGUUAAAUUACAUAAACUUCUGAUGAAAUGAUUUGUUUUUUUACUGUUACUGAUUCAUAUUAUUAUUUUGAUGAUGAAGAUGAUGAAGUCUAUUUGUGAAUAUUUGUCGACACAUGAAACCAAAUAAACUGAUGUAGAAA